AUGCUCCACUUUCAAACAGAGGAAAACUAUGCACUAAAACACCAGUGGAACAUCAACAUGCGGGGGGUAAACCACCCGCAGCAGAUCAACAAGCAACUCUGCGCGUCGUUCUCGCUUUCGAACGUGCUCGCGACGAUCGAGAAAUCGAGUCAUCUGUUCAAUAUCGUCAACGUGGCGACCGCGUUUAGUCGGUUGGCGAAGAUUUUAUCAUCAACAGAAUCAUCGUCCAAACGCGGCGGCGGCGCGAUGGAGACGAAGAAGAAGAUGAACGACAACAACAAAAACAGCGAGAAAAAGGAGUUGAACGUAAAAGUUCUGUUCGCGUUGCUUAAACGAUGCAAAAACGUGCUCCGCGCGAACGAUAAGAAGCAGUUGGAACCGAGACAUUUGAGCACGAUUUUAUGGUCGAUCGGGAAAAUGCGAUUGGUGAUGGUAUUCGCCAUCGAAGAGGAUUUUGAAACAUUCGGAGAGGAAUUAGUGCACGUUUUAGACGCGAUUUCGAACGUUUUUGUAGAGUAUUACGAAGCAAAGAGGCAGUUCAACGCGCAGGAGAUUUCGAAUUUGUUUUGGGCGUCUGCGAAGAUUUACGGCGACGCGUCCGCGUUGAAGAAGAAGAAGAAGAGUAGUAGUUGUCAUCAUCGUCGCGUGUUAGUAGUAUUUGAAGGCGUUGAAGAUGCGAUCGUUCGAAUGCAAGCGCCUUUGCAAAGGAUGUUUGCGGCGUCCAAAUUGAACGAGUGGACGACGCAAGGCGUCUCGAACGUGUGUUGGUCUUUGGCGAAGAUGUUGGCUUCUGAAACGGAAGGAGAUGGGAAAAAACGAAUGGUUUGGGUGGUUGACGACAAGUGCGACUUGAGGAAAAGCAUAUCAGACGCGGUUGAGAUGGGGUGUUCUGGUCCUCCCGCGAAACGAUUCAACGCACAGGAAUUCGCCAACGUCGCGUGGGCCAUGGCAAAAUUCAACGAGGCGCCAAACGACGAAGACGCGAACGGAGGGAGAGAAGUUUUGGUGAAUAAGAUGGCGCUCGAAUUGAAAGAGCUGCUCAUAUCGGAGACUGUCAAAGGUCGAUUUGAGUCCAGGCACGUCGCGAAUACGUUUUUAGCGUUCGCGAAAGUUAAUCAGUGCGCGGAAGAUCCAAAAUUUUGGUUCAAGUUGAAAACGUUGACGAAAAGUGCUGUUUUAAAGAAUAUGAACGCGCACGAGUUGUCCAUGGUCAUGGUGGGUGUUAGUUUAGUAAACGAGAGCAACGGCGAAGUCGGUGGAGAAGACGACGAAGAAGAGGACGAAGAAUUAGCGUACGAAGUGUGUCGGUUCUUUACAAAAACAAUCGCUUCGUACACAGACGAUACGAAUAAUGAAACCGACGACGACGAAACCGGUAAGGUGGGGUUAAUCGCCAACGUCCUUUGGGCACUCGCGAAACUUCCGCAACUCCUGGGGGAAAUCGCAAAGAAACAAGAAAAGGUUUUCAUCAACGAGAUGCUACGCGUACUCGAGCAGUCGAACGGUAUCGCCAACAUGAACGGACGACAGGCGUCCACCAUUCUUUGGUCGCUCGCGAAAAUCGGCGACGUGGUUGGUUUCGAAGAUACAGGAAUCAAAUCUACGUUUGAACACUUCUCAAGAACGCACUUCUGCGAUGCGAGGUCUUCUCUAUUCUUCAAAACCAAAACCGAUGCUCGAUCGUUCUCUAUGAUUCUUUGGGCUUUUUCGAACGGCGUGCCCGAUGUUGCCACGAAUGAAAGGGCGAAAGACGUCUUUGAAUCCGCGCACAAAGACUUGCGUAAAGAAAACUUUAUCGACGAAUUCAACGCGCGUGAUCUCGCGAACGUGACCGAAGCGUUUGCAAAAAGAUUGGAUACGCCUGAAAAAGUUUUGAAGACAAUUGCUAAACGCGCUGCGGAAAUUCUUGACACGUUCAACGCGCAAGAGUUGCUAAAGUUUCUCGGCGCGCUCGAGAGAGCCGGAGGAGAUGUGCACAAGUACGAAAAAUUGAACGAACUUCUGCGCUCGAAAAGGACGGUUAAGAUUCCGUUCCCUGCGCUCGGUUUAGUCGACGAGUCGGCGAUAAAGCUGCGCUCGGCGACGCCAUCAAACGACGCGUCUAAACAAAUUGACAGGGUGGACGACUCGUGCGGCGGAUUUGGGCGCCAAAAUACCGGCGUCGCUCUUUGGGAAGGCUCGAGAGUCUUAGCCGAAUGGAUAUCAAGACUUUCCACCGUCGAUUUGCACGCGUUUUGCAGCAACGAUGCAAAAUGGAAAAAACUUGGCGAGGAUGGGUUUUUUACGCCUCAUCUGAACGCACGCGAUGCUUUCUUCGGUAAAGGAAAAGUUGGCGUCGAACUCGGUGCUGGGCUCGGAUUGCCUUCCAUCGUGGCUUCGAAACUCGGCGCAAACGUCAUCGCAACCGAUGGCGACGACGACGUCCUCUCGCUUCUCAAAAAGAACGUGAAGAAGAACGCGGGCGAAGGAUCUUCGACGAAGAAACUCGUCUGGGGCGCAGGCGACGCUCGAGAGAUUCUCGAACUGACGAGACAUCCAGACUUCAUCCUCGCCACGGACGUCGUUUACGGCAACGAUACGAGUAAAUGGAAAGCGUUAGUGGAUACUAUCAAACGCUUAGCUGGAAGAAACACGUUGAUUCUCAUCGGCAACGUUCGCCGGUACCCCACGGGGCAUCCGUUAGCUGAGACGACGUUUUACACCGAGGCGACGAAGGAAGAUUUCGACCGCGCGGAAGUCCCGGUGUCCAGUUUACACCCAGACUUUCGAAGAACGGGCGCUGGGUCGUGCGUGAUUCACGCUAUGCGAUUGAAAUACGAUGCUCAGCCUUUCGUUGCCCUCGGAAAACGGAAAAAAGAGAAGAGGAAGAAAGAGAAGAAAGAAAAGAGGAAGAAGAAAACGAUUUUAAAUUAG